CGCUCCCCCAGAGGCCUGUCACCCACAUCCCUCUCCUGUCCACCCCCUGCCCUCCUGGACAGGGCCAGGCUGCCCACCCGUGGAUGAGCCACCGGACCUCCUCCACCUUCAGAGCGGAGAGAAGCUUCCAUUCCUCCUCCUCCUCCUCCUCUUCCUCCUCGGCCUCUCACGCCCUCCCAGCCCAAGACCCACCCAUGGACAAGGCCCUGAGCAUGUUUUCUGAGGAUUUUGGCAGCUUUAUGCGGCCCCACUCGGAGCCCCUGACCUUCCCAGCCCGUUCUGGGGGGCAGGGCAACAUUAAGACCCUCGGAGAUGCCUAUGAGUUUGCAGUAGAUGUAAGUGACUUCUCACCGGAAGACAUCAUUGUCACCACUUCCAACAACCACAUCGAAGUGCGGGCUGAGAAGCUGGCGGCUGACGGCACAGUGAUGAACACCUUUGCCCACAAGUGCCAGCUGCCUGAGGAUGUGGACCCCACGUCAGUGACCUCAGCCCUAAGGGAGGAUGGCAGCCUCACAAUCCGUGCGCGGCGCCACCCGCACACAGAGCACGUCCAACAGACCUUCCGGACAGAGAUAAAAAUCUGAAAGCUCUUUCCGACCACCCUUAACCCCUCAGCCCCCACCGACUCUCCCACUGUCCUGCCAGACAAGUUUACCUACCCCUCCAUGACAGCCCCCAGACAUCUCAGCCAAGCUUCCAGACCCUGAAACCCCCCAGGCCCCAGGUGGGUCAUCCCCCCAAAUUAGGGCCUUCCACUCUGCCCAGGGCAGGCCUGAGACCCCCUUGCCUCACCCAUAGCCCCCAGCUUCCAGAUGUGGGUUCCUUCAUUUAAGCCGUAAUAGAAUGGCUAAAAAAAGAAAAAAAUUUUUUUUUCUUUUUUUUUAACCAUUCUGUUCCAAAUUGGGAACCCAGAGAAGCCACUUUGGGAGAGGGGGACUGGGCCAGGCAGGACCUCUGGGCAAAUAAUCUGCAGGACAGACAGUCAAAUCCUUUGCUCUAUGGAGUCUCUACAGGGCAGGGGCUGGAGGACCCAGGACCUGGGACUCCUUGGCCAAGGGGAAGGGAGAGGUGGAGGGAAGAUCAUAAAGGUGCCCAUUUCAAGUGGCACUGCCUGAGGGCAUAGGGAGGCCAGAUCAGACAUCCGUGAAGGUGAAUCUCCCCCACCACUCUCCAGGCCCCAAACCAACUGGCAGGCUGCCUGCCCACCCUGGUGCCCCCAAGCCCGUGGGGCCCAUUCCCCAGUCAGCCAGCUAUGCCAGGGCAGUGCCAUGUAGUGUCUGUAUAUAGAUGGGGUUUUUCCAAUACAGCUGGUUCGUGCUAAACUGUGUGUAACUCCUGCCGUCUGUUACCUGCUACUGGAGCCUCCAGGGAACACCUGGACGAGGGGUAGGGCUGGUCCUCCUCCCUCCCCCCAAUAUGCCUGGGGCACCUGGGGCUGCCUCCACUGCAGACAGGAUCACCCGACAGAGAGUGGAAGAGAGAGCACGAAUGGGAUGUCAGGUCCCCCAGGUAGGACCCCAGCUUCUUGCUAACCUUCCCUCUGGCCAGGCGCCUCUCCCAUUCUUCCCCCUCCUAAUCUAGGAACCUAUACACGUAGUGUGUGUUUGCCACACACAUGCACCCCCCUAUCAUUGUCCUUCAAAUAUCAAGCAGUGUCCAUUGGUUGAGGCCAAAUCAGCUUUACAGUCUCCAUUUUAUCAGUGGGGAAACUGAGUCUCUGAGCAGUUGAACACCCAGCUUUCUCACUGAAGGCUGGAUUUAAUCCCAGGGUGUCAGAAGCUGUUCUCUGCCCAUGUGUACUGGGGAGUAUUUCCCCUCACUUUGUCUCUCUUAGCUUAUGCACCCUGCCCCACACCUUCCUGCUGGGGUACACAGGUGGGGGGGAUCAUAGGAAGAGCCCAUAACCAGUCCCCGAUGCAAGACAGGGACCUCUGUCAGCCUUAACGCCAGGAACCUGGCUUCUCCCAGUGACCCUGGCUCAGUUUCCCAUCUACAGAAGCAAGGAGAAACAGGGAGGUUAGUUAUGUCCCCGGGGGAAGGGGCAGGGCC